AUGACUGACACUCAGCCCUACGACGGCGUUCGCAAUCGCCGGCCUUCAGCCACAGAAAACCUUAUUGAUGCCGCUAAGAACAUUGAAUCAAAGGUUGAACAUUCACUUCUUCUCCUCUGGGACGACCUUCCUGCCUGGCGCCGCGAUAAUGCUUUUAUCCUUUCUGGCUACCGCCAGUCCCAAAGCUCUUAUGCGCAUUCUUUCCGCUCCCUCUUCUACCUUCACAACGAGUCCGUCAAUAUCUGGACUCAUCUCAUUGGAGCUAUACUAUUUCUAGGUAGUGCAGCCUACGUCGAUCGAGUUGUUCGACCUCGCUAUGCAAGUGCAAGUGAGGCCGAUGUUCUCGUCUUUGCCUGUUUCUUCGGAGGCGCUGUGGUGUGUCUAGGAAUGAGUGCUACUUUCCAUACAUUAUCCAAUCAUAGCGAUACUGUUGCGAAAUGGGGAAACAAGCUGGAUUACACAGGCAUUGUGGCUCUGAUUGUUGGAAGCUAUGUUCCUGCUCUAUAUUACGGCUUCUUCUGUCUGCCUAACCUGAUGACUGCAUAUCUCUGGGUCAUAUGUAUUCUUGGAGUUGGCUGUACCCUCGCUUCAUGGGUCGAGCGAUUCCGUACUCCGACGUGGCGCCCCUACCGAACAAUGAUGUUCAUAGGUCUUGGUCUUUCAGGUAUUGUUCCUGUUAUCCACGGAGCUUUCAUCUAUGGUUUCCAAGGCUUGGAAGAUCGAAUGAGCCUUAGCUGGGUUGUUCUACACGGCGCCAUGUAUAUCUUUGGUGCUGUCCUCUAUGCGGUUCGAUGGCCGGAGAGAAGUGCUCCCGGUGCCUUUGACAUCUGGGGAAGUUCGCACCAGAUCUUCCACAUGUUCGUUAUUCUCGCAGCCGUCACUCAUUUCUAUGGUAUGGCCAAGGCUUUUGACUACCAUCAUACCAUUAUGGGUUCCCAGUGUCUCAUGGAUUGA